AUGCCGUACAAAACACCGUGUGCCGUCGCCCCCUUCGCAGCCGAUCUCCGCGGCCGCGUGGCGUUCUUCAACACCAUGUCCAAGUCCAAGGAGCUCUUCCGGCCUCGACUGGCCGAUGGGCGCGUCAGUAUGUACGUCUGUGGCGUCACGGUGUACGACUACUCCCACAUCGGCCAUGCCCGUGUCUACGUCGCCUUCGACGUGCUGUACCGCUUCCUGACCGCCGCGUGUGGGUACGACGUGCAGUACGUACGGAACUUUACGGACAUUGACGACAAGAUCAUUGCCAGAGCCCAGCAGUCCGGAGUGGAUCCAUCGGAGCUCACGGAGCGCUUUAUUCGAGAAUUCAACCAGGAUAUGGCCGCCCUCAACGUCCUGACACCCACCCUGGAGCCCCGGGCGACCGCCUUCGUGCCGCAAAUGAUCUCCACCAUCACCGCCAUCAUGCAGCACGGCCACGCCUACGCCGUGGAGGGGGGUGAUGUGUUUUUCGACGUGACCUCCCUGGAGGGCUACGGCCGCCUCUCAGGCAGGGCUCUGGAGGACAACCGCGCAGGGGAGCGAGUGGCGGUGGACGGACGGAAGCGCUCCCCUGCGGACUUUGCGCUGAUUUUGGUGUGUUUGGGCGGGACGGGACGGGACGGGCCGCCAGGUAUUGUAAUUUUUGGAGGUUGGGGGUUUUCGUGGUUUAGAUGUUUCAGAGCUGCUUCGGGCUUUUUAGUCGGGUGGCCGCAAUUCCUGCGCGGUCGGGACCUGGUGUUUCCCCACCACGAGAACGAGCUGGCGCAGAGUCAAGCAGCAUGUGGAUAUCCGGAUCAAUUGCACAACGGCACCGACUUUGUUCGGUAUUGGUUGCACAACGGCUUUGUGAAUGUGGACAGCGAGAAGAUGUCCAAGUCGCUGGGUAACUUCUUCACCAUCCGGGAUGUGCUGUCCAGCUACCAUCCGCUCGCGCUGCGGUGGUUCCUGCUGGCGGCGCAGUACCGGGCGCCUCUCAACUACAGUGACAAGGGGUUGGAGGAAGCCAGUAGCAGGCUGUAUUACGUGAUUCAGGCGCGGGCGGAUGUUGAACCUGCCGCCACCUCCUCCUCCUCCUCCACUUCCUCUGGUGCGGUCCUGGUUUCGGAGGUGCUGUCGGCCCUGGCUGACGACCUCAACACCCCGGCGGCUGUGGGGGCUCUGAGUGGGCCGCUCAGGACCAUCAAUGACCUCAUGACCACCAAGGCUGGCAGGAAGCGACCCGACAGACUGGCGGUGUUGGCCCAGCUGCAUGUGGCCAUGGGCGUGGUGAUGGAGCUGCUGGGUAUGGAGCCAAACAGUGGGACCAAGCAGCAGCCGCAGCUGGAAGGGAGUCUGGAGGGGGCGGCGGCGGGCUUGGAACAGCUGCUGCAGCUGAUUCAGGCCCGGCAGGCGAAGGACUUUGCUCGCUCAGAUGCCAUCCGCCUGGAGCUAGCUUCUCGGGGGAUAUUGCUGCUGGACACUCCAAAGGGCACUACUUGGCGACCUGGUAGCGCCACGGCCGCGGAGUGA